GCUGAGCAAGUGAGGAUCGACCAUGGCAAAGGGCGGCAAGAAGAAGGGCGGCAAGCGCAAGCGAACUCAAUGGGACGAUGAGACGGAUGUGCCCAAGAAGCAACGUGGAGCUUUGGAAGGAGAUGGCGACCGCAAGAAGCGCGGAGAAAGCAUGUUCACUCAAUGGAAGAAACAGAAGCAGCAACUGAAGCAAAAGAGGCUCGUGGCAGAAUCAACCAUUGCUCAGCGCAAGCGAGGACAAUACAGUCGCUUGAAAGGAAUCCAAGACGAUACCGACGAGGAGCAAGAUGAUGAUGAUCCCCGCGAAGAUUUGUCGGACGAUGCCGACUCUGCAAUCUCGGAUGACGACGAUGACAAACCGUCGACGUUCAACUCGUUCGUUUCGCGAUUUCAACGCCAAAAAUCCAGUUUCCAGGACGAAGACGAGCAAGGCGAGGAAGUAGAUGAGAGCGAUGAAGGUGACGAGGUGGAAGAAGCAGACGUUUCCGAGGAUGACGUCGGUGAAGAUGGACCUGAGCAUGGCGACCAUGAGCCCACCGAAGAACCCAUCAGCGGGGGCGAAUCUGAGGCGGACGAUGACGAGUCAAACGAGCCUGUGGCAGCAAUGGCGGGUGAUGAAGACGACUCCGACCCCUAUCGCCAGCGUUAUCUCAAGCAGGAGCUGACGGUGUCUGAUGUGGACAUUCUGUCAAAGAAACCCAAUCCGUUUCAAGUCGUGGAGAUUUGGAAGGACCUGGAAGUAAGCGUGAGGCCGGUGCUAACCCCCGUCACUGCUAUCUGUGGCGCGCGGCCUCUAUCGCAUAUUCGACACCGCUUGCUCGAAGCAUGGACGAAGAAGGGCGUCGCUGACCUGACUGCAUUGCAGCAACUCUUGCAUGGAGCGUACCACCAGUACCAAGAUGUACUCUAUUGCAACCAGACGGCAGAUUCGUUGGCAGAGAUCCGCCAAGUCACGAUGAUGCAUGUUGUCAACCACAUCUUGAAAUCCCGCGACACGAUUGCCCGCCACAACGAACGAUUGAGCAAGGGGACCUCCGAAGACGCCGAGUACCGCGACCAAGGAUUCAGUCGCCCCACGGUGCUCGUACUGGCGCCACUCCGAAGCGCUGCCCACGAUCUCGUCCAUCAAAUCCUAGACCUCUUGCCGCCCACAGUGAUCGUUCACAACAAAGACCGAUUUGACGAAGAGUUUGGCGAAGAGGACGACGACGACGACGAGGACAAGGACGACGGCACCGAGUGGCAAAAGAUCUUUAAGGCAGGCAACAACGACGAUUCGUUUCAGAUUGGGGUGUCGUUUGCUCGGAAAUCCGUCAAAUUGUACACGGACUACAGCCGCGCGGACUUGAUUGUGGCAUCGCCGUUGGCAUUGCGUCAAAAAAUCGGCGAUGUCUUGAUCGACAUUGUGGCGGGAGACAAGUCGUCGUUGAAGCUUCCAGUGGACUUUUUGUCGUCCAUUGAAGUGUGUGUCUUGGAUUCCGCCAGUGUAUUCUUGAUGCAAAACAUGGACCACGUUCGUGCCGUCGUCAAUGCCAUCAACGUCACCCCGAAAGAAGCGCCAAGUGCCGAUUUUUCUCGCAUUCGCGAAUGGAACUUGAACCAUCAAGCACAUCACUUUCGCCAAACGAUCGUGCUGUCGCACGCCCCGGAUGCCCAGUUGAACAAUCUUUUCACCAAGAGCUGCCACAAUAUGCGUGGAGUGACCCGCAUCGCACCGAUCUACGACCUUCAGCACGUCGUGCCGUCGGUGUCCCAUGUAAUUCCCUCCAUCAAGCAAAUCUUCCAGCGCUUGGACACGCCGUCUCAACCUGCUGCAUGCCCUCUCGCCAAAGAACCCGAUGCUCGAUUCGAAUACUUUGACAGACACAUUCUCGCACCAUUGUUGGAUCACCCCUCCAAACACAUCAUGAUUUUUGUGCCGUCGUACUUGGACUUUGUCCGCCUUCGCAAUGUGUUUGCAUCCCAAAAACGCUUGAUCAGCUGCGCUGCCAUCUCGGAAUAUUCUACGGAUGCCCAAAUUUCAAGAGCGCGGUCUCGCUUCUACCACGGACAAAUCCAUGUGCUCUUGAUCACCGAACGCUUUCACUUUUACAAGCAGUACAAGAUUCGUGGGGUAAAACAAGUGUUUUGGUACGCACCGCCGUCGCUCGGCCCGUUCUACGCCGAAGUGUUGAAUGCGAUGGAGUCGGAAGAGGACUCGAAGAGUGUUGUCGUGUGCAGUCGCUUCGACACCCUUCGGAUGCAACAAAUUGUGGGAUCAAAGAAAGCCCAGCGCAUGUGUGGGUCGACCCCUGACACGAAAUCCGUGUACAUGUUCUGCUAAACAGUGACCACUUGGCGCAAAAUGCAUGCGUUACCAUACAAGUCAUUUGGUGGGGCGUCGUCGAAGAGAGCUUCCUCGGCACACUGCUGGCAUCAAUCAAGCCCCCACACUGAAAACGUGCCGCAGCUGCACUUGGGGUUUCGGAGUUCUGCGUUUAGAUAAUUCAUUUAAAGGCUCUGUUGAGGUGCGACUGGUUAUUAAA